AUGGGCUCUGCUGCGGCGGCUGCUGCAGCUUUCCGUUUUCUGCUGCUCCCUCUCGCCGUCGUAUCUCCGUAUAUCGCUCUGGUAAGAGGGGCAGACAUUCCUGCCAUAGGCAUCAACUAUGGCCAGCUGGGGGACGACUUGCCAUCUCCUUACAGAUCGAUCGAGCUCAUCAAAUCAAUGCAGGUAACCAGCGUGAAGCUCUACGACCCAAACCCAGAAGUCAUGAGGCUCUUAGCUGGGAGCAAGAUCUACGUAACGGUCAUGGUCCCAAACCAAGAGAUCGUCAACAUCAACACUAACCAUAGCUUGGCAGUCAGAUGGGUGCAGGAUAACGUCCUGGCCUACUACCCGCAAACAAUGAUCCGGCUCAUCAUGGUUGGCAACGAGAUUCUCAGCCAUAACGCUUCAGCAGAGGAUAUGCAGAUUUGGAAUCACCUUGUCCCAGCAAUGUACAAGAUCAAGAACAUCCUCCGAGCAAACAACAUCCAGAACAUCAAAGUAGGGACGCCAUUAGCCAUGGACAUCUUGCAAACCACAUCCCCACCUUCCAACGCCACAUUUAGACGCGACGUCGCCCUAACAGUGAUGCCUCAGCUGCUCAGAUUUUUGAAUAGCACUAAAUCCUACUUCUUCAUAGAUGCUUAUCCUUACUUCCCUUGGUCUGCAAACCCCACAAAUGCAUCCCUUGAUUAUGCACUGUUCAAAUCACAAAGAAACUACACCGACCCUGGAAGUGGGUUGGUUUACAGUAACUUCUUAGAUGAGAUGCUUGACUCGGUCAUCUUUGCCAUGACCAAGCUCGGGUAUCCGGAUAUCCGCCUCUUCAUAUCAGAAACCGGAUGGCCACACGGAGGAGAUAUAGAUCAACCGGGUGCUAACAUCUAUAAUGCAGCUAUAUACAACCGGAAUUUGGUUAGAAGGAUGACUGCCAAGCCACCGAUUGGUACGCCAGCUAGGCCGGGAGUGGUUAUACCAACGUUCAUCUUCUCACUGUAUGAUGAAAACCAGAAGGAUGGGCCUGGAACAGAAAGGCACUGGGGCUUGCUGCAUUCUGACGGGAGGCCCGUAUUUGACAUAGACCUGACUGGAAGUAGAGCAGAUUCAGAGUACAGGGCGUUACCUGAAGGGCAUAAUAAUGAGGCCUACAAGGGGAAGAUAUGGUGUAUUGCUGCGAGAGGAGCUGACAUGAGAGGGCUGGGAAGGGAACUGAGGUAUGCCUGCAACCAAGGGAAUGGGACCUGUGACGCACUGGCGCCUGGGAAGGAAUGCUAUGAACCAGUCUCACUGAUUUGGCAUGCAAGUUAUGCAUUCAGCAGUUACUGGAAGCAAUUUAGGAGCCAAGGUGCUACAUGUUACUUCAAUGGACUUGCUGUGCAGACCACACGGAAUCCUGGUAGUGAAUCUUGCAAGUUUCCCAGCGUGACGCUUUAAAGACUACCAUAUCAGUGGAGAGGAGCUGAAAUGAAGCAGCACGACUAGAAGAGGCUCCACACUCACCAAAAGGGCAGCCAUCAAUAUUCCCUCAUCUCAUCUUCUUCACUAUCAUUUGUGUACUUAGUUUUACAAAAAGGAAUUGUAGGUGCAUCCUUACCUAUGACCAAGGAAAUAAGACACAAGAAAUUGUCUGACAGACGGAUAAGCUCA